AUGGAUGAUGUCGCCGGCGACGCUCAGCCCGCUGGCAGGGCAGCGUCGGUCAGGACUGAUCCACCGUGGCCAGACCCUUACCCGUCGGUCAGGACUGAUCCACCGUGGGUGAGGACAGCCAGACCCUUACCCAUCGGGAUAUUGUCACAGGAAUGUCACUUCGAUGAGUACCAGCAAUUUGGAAGAUCUUAUAUUGCAGCUUCGUAUGUGAAAUUUGUGGAAUCUGCCGGUGCUCGAGCUGUGCCAAUAAGAUUAAAUCUUACAGAUGAAGAAUAUGAUAAAAUAUUCCACUCUAUUAAUGGGGUGCUUCUUCCAGGAGGCGGUGUGGAUCUUAGGACUUCAGAGUAUUCAAGGGUUGCUAAGAUGUUUUACCACAAGGCCUUGGAGGCUAACGAUAAAGGAGAUUAUUUCCCAGUAUGGGGAACAUGUCUUGGACAUGAAGAGCUUACAUAUCUCACAAGUGGUGAAAUUUUACUUGUUCAUACCAACACAAAUGGUUUUUCACUCCCUCUGAACUUUACCUCAGCUGCAAAAGACAGUAAAAUGUUCAGGAAUUUCCCUGAUGAUGUGUUACACGCACUUGCUACUGAGCCAUUGACAUCAAACUUUCAUGUAUGGAGCCUCUCCAUGCAGAAUUUCACCAAUAAUGAAAAGCUUCGUAAUUUCUAUAAUGUUCUGACCACUAACACUGAUGGUGAAGUGGAGUUUAUAUCUACCAUGGAAGCAUACAAAUAUCCAAUUUAUGGCAUGCAAUGGCAUCCAGAGAAAAAUCCCUUUGAGUGGAAGGAUUCUCCAGGCAUUCCACACUCACCAUCUGCUGUAAGAGCAGCGUAUUAUAUGGCUGAUUUCUUCGUUAAUGAAGCCAGGAAGAGCAUGCACCAUUUCUCCAGUGAAGAUGAGGAAGCAAAAGAAUUGAUCUAUAAUUAUGAUCCAGUUUACACAGGACCAUUUUCUGCAUUUCAGCAAACCUAUUUUUUUGAUUGAGUAUCUUGUCAAAGGUGCAGUGUUGCUAUUUAUAAAUGGAAUUAUUUGCCAGCCUUGUGUAAUUAAGCUGAUACAGUGACAGAAAGCUAGAACAGUUUUCCUUUACAAUGAUUUAUUCUGUGUAUCUUCUGCACUAUUGAAACAUUAAUAUAUAAAUUUACAUUCAAUAACAUAAUAAUCAUCUUGGAUCAUACUUUAAGGCAAGCUACAGAAAAAUGUAUUUUUCUUCCAGGAAGGAGGACUUGAUUAUGCUUAUAAACUUUGAAGUAAUUGCCUUCAGUGCAAGGAAAGCUUUCAUAUAUUUUAAAAUAUGAGACUUACCUUUGUAAAAUGUUGGGGACUAUGAUAGCACUAGACGCUUAGAUAUAUUGUGUAGUAAAAUCCUGUCCUUUUCAAACGAUUUAGCAAAUGAGACUCUUGGAUUUGUCAUAGAUACGUGUAUGCAGCCAAGUUCUUGACAGGGGCUCUUUUGUCAUUUCAAAAAUUGACCAAAAUAGUAAGGCAUGAUAGCAAACAGAAAUUUUUGCCUAAGAAGCACAUUAUAUCCCAUUUGUGAAACUGUUUCUCUUGUACACUGAGCAUUUUUUGUAGUCCUUAUGCCUUAUGAGGGCUUCAUAUCACAUAAAAUAAGUAUGUUUGGAGGGCUAAAAGUUUGUCUUGGACUAAGUGGAGUCAGCAACUAGAUAUGAGAUACAGACACUCAUUUCUUUGUAUUUAAAAGAAUGUAAACCUAAUUUUUUCUCGAAAGUGUCUGGCUUUUCCUGUAGCUGGAUAGAAUUUUCACUUGAAGUCAAGAGGUAGUUUGCUAUUAUAUUAGUAAACAAGGUUGUUUCUUUCUGUCUUGUUUGAUAGUUCAGUGCAGCUAGAAUUUAAACAGCAGAUGAAUGUAUAUGAGAAACCUGUUGAAGGUGACAUAAUGUGAUAGUAGCAGUUGCAUGCAAUACACUGAUACACUUUUUUCUCUGCUUUGCUCCAGAUUUGGUGAAGGUUUUGUUUCGUGGUUUUGUGUAUUGUCCAAAAAGGAACUAAGAUUAGACGAUCAGAUAUAAUUCUCCUCUCUAGCAUAGCUUCCAAGCUCUUGUUUUAACAUUAACGAGGAUUUGGAGUUUAUGAAGAAUUCAGGUUUAUAAACUUCAGCUCUGUUUGGUAGAACCUCAUUUUUCUCAGGUACCAUAUCUGAAUAAGUCUCUGGUAAGUUUCUCAGGUUUUUCAAGUAAAACACUCUCUAACUUGUUCUUUAUCAUGAAGCAACUGCAUAAGAGUAUGUGAAAUGCAUCAGUUAAAAAGAAAACUAUGAGGAAACACUAACUGUGACUAGUUGAAAAACACUUCCAGGUAAUUACAAGCUUAGACAUGAGAUAUUUUUACAUUUGUCAUAUCAGCCAACUUAGUCAAUGGUUUUCGUUUUAAUAUAGGUAAUUUUAUUAACUGACUCCUGAAUAGAACCAAGUUUAAAAAGAGGGUUGUGCUCUACAGUUGCAUGUAAAUGUAGCAGCUGUGAUACUUUGAAACCAAGUCCAGUCUUCUACCUGUUUUUCAGGCUUGUUCUUUGGAAUAGCUCUAACAAUUUGUGUAGAUAAGAUGGGCAGGUUUUAGCCUUUAACCAGAGAUGAAUCUUGCAAGUGAAAUGUCUGCAGUGGUAGUAAUUAGUUCCUAAACGUGUAACUACAAAGAGUAUUGUGUGUAAUAUAAUGAGAGAAGUUUAUAUAUUAUAAAUUUGUGUCUCCUUUAUACCCUUUAUCUUGUAAAGCCUUAUUUGAUGAUAUGCAUGAUUUUUCUAUGAUACAUGAAAUAAACUUUCAUUCA